GUCCGUUGCCGAUGUCACACGUGUCGUGGAGCUUAGAAUGGAUCACAAACAUUCAUUUUUGAAUAGAAUUAUCGAUAUAAUUAAAGAAGAAACCGCUAGUGAUGUACCCUUGAUAGACUUUAAGCAUCCUAAAGAAUUGGAGAAAAUUCUAGAUCUGAACGUAAGCGAUGGCGUUGAUGACAAGGAAUUGGAGCGAUCUGUACGCCAAGUCCUUCACUACAGCGUCAACACCAACAAGCAUUCUUUUAGGAAUCAGCUAUAUGGUGCUACCGACCCAUACGGCUUGUGCGGUGCCUGGAUAGCUGAAAGCUUUAAUACCAGCCAGUACACCUUCGAAGUUGCUCCAGCGUUUACUCUGGUUGAACUGAAAAUGAUUAGUCACAUUCUACAAUUGUUCGGCUUCUCCGAUGGCGACGGAAUCUUCAGUCCUGGCGGGUCUGUCUCCAUGCUGUACGCGCUUGUCGCCGCGAGAUACAAAGCAUUCCCCGACGUCAAGACCAAAGGUGUAAGGAGUCUACCAGAACUGGUUGUUUUUACAUCUGAAGACAGUCACUAUUCGAUAAUGAAAGGCGCUCAUUGGCUCGGAUUCGGCACAGACAAUAUAAUACAGAUAGCCACCAACGAGUUUGGACAGAUGGAUUUGAAACAGCUGGCCGCUGGUAUACAAAGGGAGAAGGAUUCUGGAAGGUAUCCUGUUAUGGUGAACGCUACUGCCGGUACUACUGUGCUAGGAGCUAUAGACAAUAUGGACGCUAUCGCCGAUGUUUGCCAGAAGCAUGGCAUUUGGAUGCACGUUGAUGCUUGCUGGGGCGGCAGUUUGAUUUUAUCUCGUAAAUACAAGCACAGAUUGAAAGGAAUUGAAAGGGCCAAUUCAAUAUCGUGGAACCCUCAUAAGAUGGUAGGUGCUCCCCUGCAGUGCUCUGUGUUCCUCAUCCGCGAGCGUGGUCUGCUGCACUCCGCCAACUGCGCCUCCGCACAGUACCUCUUCCAGCAGGACAAGUUCUAUGACAUAACUUAUGAUACCGGUGACAAAGGGGUACAGUGCGGUAGAAAGAUCGAUGCGUUCAAAUUGUGGACACUAUGGAAAGCUCGAGGUGAUGAAGGUCUGAACUUACUUGCGGACCGCACUAUGGAGGUAGCAGAGUUCUGUAUAGAGACUGUGGCCAGUAAGCCUGGCUUUAGGCUGGUCUCCGCACCCCUGCAGUGCCCUAAUGUCUGCUUUUGGUACAUCCCCAACUUCAUGAGAGGGAAAACAGAGGAUGAUGGAUGGUGGGAGCUUAUGCAUGUUAUAACGAAGAAGAUAAAAGAAUUAUUAACGAUAAGUUCCCGUCUUAUGGUAGCCUAUAUGCCGUUACGACAGCACAAGAAUUUCUUCAGAUUGGCGUUCACUUUCCAUCCUGUGUUAGAAGAGGCGGAAGUAUUAGAGAUGCUGCAAGCUAUCGAGGACUGCGGGGAAAUGGUUGAUCUUUCUAUGUUGUAGAUAUUAUAGUUUUAAAAUAACUAAUAUUAAGAAAUAAAUAAGGUAUAACUUUACUUUUAUUCAA